AUGUCCCAAAACACCCCAGGGCCAAGCAGGGCUUUGGAGAUCCAAGUGCCUUGUAUCGUCUUCCUUGUCACCACACCGGCCUUUGUGGCGAUCCGACUAUGGUCCCGAGCUAAGUCGAAGUCGGGCCUGGGCUGGGACGACUGGACUAUUUUGGCGUCUUCCAUGUUUGCGGUUAUCGUUAUGGCCUUCAUGCUAGCGUCCUGUGCAUAUGGCUUUGGUCAACACAUCGCGAAUAUCACAGUACCGCAUAAGUUAAUGACCCUGAAGCUCUUCUUCGUCAGUCAAGCUUUCUACAAGCUCACCAUGAACAUGACAAAGAUGUCCAUCCUGAUGUUAUAUCUGCGCAUUUUUAUUCAGCGUUGGUUCCGCGUCAUCUGUUAUGUGCUCUUGGUUAUCAUCAGCUCCUAUAUGGUGGCCGCCUUCUUCGCCUCCGUGUUUCAAUGCACUCCAGUAGCCCGAGCCUGGAACAAGACCAUUCCAGGAGCAUGCAUCAACAUAACCACCAACUGGUACGCCAAUGCCGGCUUCUCGAUCGCUACCGACAUCAUCAUAUUGACGCUGCCGAUGUAUCCGCUCCACAAGUCGAAGAUAAUAUUGAAGCGGAAAAUCGCCCUGAUGGGGGUGUUCGCCCUCGGUGCCUUUGUCGCCAUUACAAGCAUCCUGCGGAUGCAGACGCUGGACUUCUCGUCCACCAGUCCUGACAUUACCUACGAUAUCGCCUCAUCGGUAUGGACGAUACUCGAAGAAAACAUCGCGAUCACCUGUGCCUGUCUGCCAAUGAUGUGGAUGCCACUUGCUAGGCUCUUCCCCUCCUUUUUCUCCCUAGAUCACGGGGCCGAAACCUAUGGAAGCUCGGCUGCCAGGAGCUCGGAACUUAAAGCCACCUCGCAGCCUCGAAGUGACUGGAACCAGCUUCAUGCGUACCCUGACACCAGGGGCAGCAUCAGUACGAACCAAAUCAGCAAUUCCCAAAACCGCCCCUCAGAGGAUAGCACGGGUCAAAUUCUCCCGUCCAGCCAGGGCAGCGAAACGCACUAUCAAAGUGCACAGGGCAUUACGAAGGUCACGGAAUAUCAUGUCUCUUAUUCUAACGCAAAAUCGCCUCUGAGGCGAAAAGAUAUCUAG